CCGCCCCCGCCCCCGCCGCACUGGCUUUUCUCCCGCGCUCUUCUCCGUUCGGCACAGGAGAGCUGCUCCCUCCGGCACCGAUUCGAACUCUCACACUAACUUUGGAUCCCCUUCCUGCGAAAGAUGCCAAGCUUUCCGACAAUUAGCCGGCCGGAGUAUACCGCCAAGGAUUUGAAGAAGCUAGGGCACCAGCUGCUCACCUCGAGGGCGCACCUCAACAACGCCCCCAUCCUCCUCUCCGUCCUCUCGCCGUCACCCUCCCCGCCUCCUCUGGACGUCGCCCUAGAGUCCAUUCUCUCCCUCCAAUCCUUCUUCAUUCCCCUCGUCCCCACCCUCCCUUCGUCCUCGUCCUCCCUCAGGGACGCCUCGUCGACAUUGCGGUCGCCGGCCGGCGGCGGUGGCGUCGGCGAGGCGGAGCUCGCGGAGUCCAUCUACAGGCACUGGCUCAAGGCGAGGUUCGAUGAGUUCUUCGACUUGCUGUCCGGACUCGCCGUGUCACCGGAGACGGACGAAAACCUAAAGGAUAUCGCUUUGGAUGCUAUCAUGGAAUUCAUUAGACAGGGCAAAAGUGGCGCAUUCCAAUCGGAUCUUUUGUUUAGGUUUCUUCACAAGAUUGUUUAUUCUGAGUACUCUGUGGCUACCUUACUCAGCUUAUUCAAAUCAAAAUAUUUCAAUUUUGUAGAUGUUUGUUAUUUCUUAUACAUUGGCACUGCUAAGCUGUCUAGGGGUUUUAAUCCAGCGAAGGUUAGUGGUGGCAAAUUGGACCAUGUCAUGUACAAUAUACAUGAUAUUCUUUCAUUAAUUCCUUCACAUAUGCCUCCUAAAGCUAUUCUCAAGGAAGAAGAUAAGCAAUUUGAGCUUGACAUCUGGAGCCCAUUAGGAAUAUCAUCAAAAGAAACUGACUCUGAGCAAUCAGAAAAGGUUUUGGCUGUGAAGGAUGGUUUCAGAGAAUCCAAAAAAGUCACCGAUGAAGCUUCAGUGACUUCUAUUCUUAAGAAAAUGAAGAACAGAUUCAGUAAGGCGUGGAUGUCUUUCUUAAGGCUGCCACUCCCUCUUGACCUAUACAAGAAGGUUCUUACUGAUCUACAUGAAGCUGUCAUACCUAACCUUGCAAAUCCUCUGCUUCUAUGUGAUUUCUUGACAAGAUCAUAUGAUGCUGGGGGUGUUGUCAGUGUGAUGGCACUCAGUAGCCUUUUUGUUCUCAUGACACAGCAUGGCCUCGAGUACCCUAGAUUCUAUGAAAAACUAUAUGCACUACUGGUUCCAUCUCUUUUUUUGGUGAAAUAUCGAGCCAAAUUUUUUGAGUUCCUGGAUACCUGUUUGAAAACCCCACUUUUCCCAGCAUAUUUAGCUGCUGCAUUUGCCAAGAAAUUAAGCAGGUUGGCUCUGUCCGCACCUCCUUCAGGAUCAUUGGUUAUUAUUGCAAUCAUUCACAAUUUGCUUAGGAGGCAUCCGUCAAUCAACUUUUUAGUUCACCAGCAUUUUGAUGAUGAAGUUGAUGGUAACACUUCGACUGAACCAAAGGAGUUCAAUGAAAAAGGUGAAUCAGAUGCUUGUGUACUUAAGGUGGGCAAGAAACCAGGCAUGGAUCCAUUUGUUAACGAAGAAAGUGAUCCAGCAAAGACCAAUGCCAUGAAAAGUUCCUUGUGGGAGGUUGACAAUCUGCGCCAUCACUACUGUCCUGCAGUUUCUAGGUUUGUGUUAUCACUUGAGAAUGACUUAACUGUUCGAGCCAAAACAUCUGAGAUUGAAGUUAAAGAUUUCAGUUCGGGUUCAUAUGGGACAAUCUUUAAAGAAGAGGUUGGACGCCGGAUCAAACAGGUGCCUCUAGCAUUCUACAAGACAACACCGACGUCUCUCUUUUCUGAGGCCGAUUUUGCAGGGUGGACAUUUGUGAUCGGCCAGGAUGGUGAAAAAAACCAAGCUGAUCCAAAGCGUAUAACUGACAGUUCUAAUAUUAGCGUUGAUGAUACAUUGUCAAAAAGGCAAAGAUGUGAGUGAUUCUUCGUCCUUCUUUUUCUUGGUAGCUCCUUCUUUACUGCUGACGAUAUUUUAGGUGCUAGCAAUUAAAUCAUCUUGUAUGUAUUGAACGGUGUGAUGCAAAAUCAAUGUUUUACUGCGUCAUAAAGUCAUGCUGAGCUGGCAUGAAUUUUCCGCCAUCCUCGCUGUACACCUUCGUCAUAGAAUACGUCUUUAUCUUGGUUCUGAUAUUUGAUGGUAAAAUUUGUUUUAACUUUCUGAGCUGUAUACUCAUUUUUAUCAAAUGAGCUGAUCUUUUUGGCCA